UUGCACUGUCUGGGUCUGGGAACGUGCGACAGAUGAGAAACUGCUUCCAUCUGGUAUCGCAGGGAAAGGGAAAAGGGGGUGAUUCUACUUAGGCGCCCUCGGCAAGACAUCCUGUUUGCAUUGCUACCAAGAUCUGCGAGCUUCGUUUCGUUUCACUAGAAAGCUGGAGAGGACGUGCGCUCCUAAACGGCUGCACCGGAUUGAUCUUUGGGGAUGCUACGGUUUUAAUCCUUCACUCGUUCUCAUUUUCUCAUGAUACUAUACUCGCCCUAGGCGUCUAGUUCCACUGUCUUCUCAACCGGUCCACGGUAUUUCUCUUAUCCAGCGGAACGCACAGGAGGAGAGGCGCUUGGACCAGGAGUGAUAACGCAAGGACGGGUCGAGUUGGAUGUUCAUAGCCAUAAAGAAGUGGUCAUAGUCUGGAUCUGCUAAUGGGACAAGCAGUGGACUGACAACAUCGAGUCUGGUUUUACUCCAAGCAAGGGCCUACGUUGGGAGGAGAAGAAGGAGGAAGAGAGAGAAGAAGAAGAAGGGGGUUGUGAUGAGUAACUGCAUAAAGCAAAACCAAAGGAUCCGGUGAGGUUUAGGGUCCAAGUCCCCAGGCUAGUGAGUGAGCGGAGUGAAGCCACCGUCCAGGAAGGACCUCAGAGGAAGGUUUUCCCAGGAUUAUCUCUGGGUUGUGCCUCUCAGGGGACACAGGCACACGUGCAGGAAGGCCCAGAGGAAGGUCGGAGUAGCGUUGGUCAGCAGGCAGCAGGCAGCAGGAUGUGGGAGGGACUAGGACUGCAGGUGUUCCUGAUGUGCCUGGGCGCCGUGCUGUGCAGCGCUGUGGCCGCCUCGGCACCCCUGGAGCACAGCCACCGCCACCGCCUCUCCCUACACAGGCACCGGGAGAGGACGGGCAAAGAGGGACAGGUCCUACACCGUUCCAAGAGAGGCUGGGUCUGGAACCAGUUCUUUGUCAUUGAGGAGUACACAGGGCCAGACCCAGUGUUAGUGGGCAGGCUCCACUCAGACGUUGACGCUGGAGAUGGCAAUUGCAAGUACAUUCUCUCAGGGGAGGGUGCAGGCACCAUUUUCGUCAUUGAUGACAAGACAGGCAACAUCCAUGCCACCAAGACACUGGACAGGGAAGAGCAGGCCCAGUACACCCUAACAGCCCAGGCUGUGGACAGGGCUACCAACAAGCCUCUGGAGCCUCCGUCUGAGUUCAUAGUCAAGGUCCAGGACAUCAAUGACAACCCACCUGAGUUCCUACAUGGACCAUACUACGCCAGGGUGCCUGAAAUGUCCAACGUCGGGAUAAUCCGGACAGCUCUGCCCAACAUGGACAGGGAAGCGCGGCAGGAAUAUGACGUCGUCAUACAAGCCAAGGACAUGGGGGGACACAUGGGGGGACUGUCAGGGACAACAGAAGUGAAAAUCACCCUGACGGACGUCAACGACAACCCACCGAAGUUCCCUCAGAGUGUAUACGCCAUGUCCGUUUCAGAGGACAAGGUUUCGGGUGAGGAGGUAGGCCGUCUGAAGGCUAAAGAUCCAGAUCUGGGGGAGAAUGGACUUGUGUCAUAUCGCUUCAUCGAGGGCGAUGGGAUGACUGUGUUUGAGAUUACCACCGAUACUGACACCCGGGAGGGUGUUAUCAAACUGAGAAAGCCUGUGGACUUUGAGACUAAGAGGGCAUACACCCUGAGAGUWGAGGCAUCCAACACACACUUGGACCCCCGUUUCAUCGCCUGGGGCCCCUACAAAGACACAGCCACGGUUAAGGUUAUGGUGGAGGACGCAGACGAGCCGCCUGCUUUCAUGGCAACUAGCUACAGCUUCGAGGUGGAGGAGAAUGCCCCUGAUGGGACCGUGGUGGGCCGUGUACACGCUAAAGACACAGACGUGGCCAACAACCCUGUCAGGUACAUGAUUCCCCGCUACACGGACGUGGAGCAGUUCUUCAGUGURGGCCCGGAGGAUGGCAUCAUCAAGACCACCAGACCGCUGGACCGGGAGACACUACCCUGGCACAACAUCUCUGUCAGCGCCACUGAGAUUGGGGGACAUCACCAAGAUACAAAAGUACGUGUCAACAUCAAAGUCAAAGAUGUGAAUGACAACGCCCCUGAGUUUGCCACACAGAACGAAAUCCUUGUGUGUGAAAAUGUCUCCCCUGGCAAACUCAUAGAGACAGUCAGUGCAGUYGACAAGGAUGAGAUGGUCCACCGACAGUACUUCCACUUCAGCAUCGCCCCAGAGGCUGUCAACAACCACAACUUCUCCCUGAAAGACAACAGAGACAGCACAGCCAGCAUAUAUGUGACCCGGAGGGGCUUCAGCCGGAUGACCCAGGAUGUCUACUUCCUUCCCAUUGAGAUCAACGACAACGGCAUCCCUCCCAUGAGCAGCACCAACACGCUGACCAUKCGAGUGUGCAGCUGUGACAGUAAGGACACCAUCCUGUCCUGUAACGUGGAGCCUUACAUCCUGCCUGCAGGCCUCAGCACCGGAGCUCUCAUCGCCAUACUUGCCUGUAUCGUCAUUCUCCUGGCGAUCGUGGUGCUGUUUGUGGCACUGCGUCGUCAGAAGAAGGAGCCACUCAUCGUCUUCGAGGAGGAAGACAUCCGUGAGAACAUCAUCACCUAUGAUGAUGAAGGCGGUGGAGAGGAGGACACAGAGGCCUUCGACAUUGCUACACUACAGAACCCUGACGGUGCCAACGGCUUCCUACCCCGUAAGGACAUCAAGCCUGAGUUCCAGUACCCGAUGAGGCCUGGCGGGCGCCCCGUGGCCAACAGUGUGGACGUGGAUGAUUUUAUCAAGACCCGCAUUAACGACGCGGACAGCGACCCUACGGCCCCUCCCUAUGACUCCAUCCAGAUCUAUGGCUACGAGGGCCGGGGUUCCAUCGCUGGAUCCCUCAGCUCCCUGGAGUCGGUGACCACAGAUUCAGACCUAGACUACGACUACCUCCAAAGCUGGGGCCCGCGCUUCAAGAAGCUGGCCGACCUUUACGGCACCAAAGACUCRGCCGAUGACAACUCUUAACGUUCACCCAUUUCCCRGACCARCUCCUUGCYCCCUUUCUCCAACCRUCCACUGACUUUGUGUGGUGCUUGAAGUUUACUAUAAGUAUACCACAAGCAUUUUUAUUUAUAGUAAACUUUGUUAUUUGUACGUGUAAAGUAUACUUGCAGUAUACUAGAUACCUGUUGGGGAUGUUUGGUAAGGAAGGACAGAGGGUAUUGAGGAGGUGGAGACAAAAGAGCGAGAGAGAGAGGGAGGAAUAUAAAACACAUUAAAAACAUUUAAUAAAAACACCUCUGUGGGAUGUACUGGUGUGUAUGGAAAAUUAAGACAUGAUUAAUGUUUGUGGUGAGAGAUCAAAUAACACUCGYUAUUUCAAUUUUUUAUUCAUUUUGUAGGUUACUACGGUUUGGGGUUGGAAUGUGGGUCACAGAGAGACAUGUAAUUGUUGAUACUGUGAAUGAGCUCACAAAGAGGAGAAUAAAAAAUUGUUGCCUUAUAUCAAUGAAAAAAACGAUGAGAAAACAACAGCAAACUGAGACUGGUCGCUCGUGUAGCACCUCCAUCUUCCUGAGGAAGAUGAAUUCAACAAAAACAGAGACAGUGUUUUUUCACAAAUCCAGUGAAAAAUCCCCCCUUUCAGCCCAAUUUCACCAAUGAUAAAUCACAAGGAAAGACCUGUGAGCUCAAAAAUCGCCUUAAGUAAUGGACACUCUUGCAUCACAGUGCAUUUUUUGCAACUUGAAAAAUAUAUCCUAAAGCAAGCUAAAGUACAUAUAACGUAUGUACAGUACAAUGUGCAAAUAUGUCUCUUGAGGAUCAAACGUGCGCCUAUUGGUUCUUGUAAAUCUCAUUUUUUAUUAUAUAUUGUUAUUAUGAUUAUUCUGAUUUUUUUUGUUCUCCUCAUUUUUUWWUUUUUUUUGGGGGCGUAUGUUUUUCUCCCUUGUUGAGAAAAUAGCAAUCUGUCCUGUCGUAGUGAAUGACGCCUAAUUUCUAUGUCGAAUUUAUGGUACCUAUUUGUACAAUUUUAAAAGUUCUUAUUUUAGUACACAUGCAGAUAUCAGUAUUUCAACAUGUAAGAAAAUGUUACAGCAUCACCCUUAUAUUUUAUGAACAUUGUACUGUUGCUUUAUUAUGUGCUUCUAUCUAGGAAGCGAAAAACUUUGAAAUAAAUGCUUUUUAUAAAAUGA